AUGAGGCUAUCGGUGCUGAUGCUGAUCGGACUGCACAAGACGAUUGCCUCCAUUGAGCCUCCCGGAUACGAAAAGCUUUUGGACGAGCAGCGAAUCAUCCGGGAGUUGCUCGAGUCACCGGAGAGCAACUACGAUUGGCGAGUGAGACCGAGGGGCAAUUUGGAGGAACCCGAAGACGAGGAUCAAAUUGGACCCGUGCUUGUCACAGUGAACAUGUACUUGAGAUCGAUAUCGAAAGUGGAUGAUGUGAACAUGGAGUACUCGCUACAUUUCACAUUCAGAGAAGAGUGGACGGACGAGCGGCUGUUGUUCGUGUCCGAUCGAUUAUCUCACAUUGUCUUGUCGCCAGGGCAGAAAAUUUGGAUGCCAGACACGUUCUUCCAGAAUGAAAAAGAGGGUAAAAAGCACGAUAUUGACACGCCGAAUGUGCUCGUUCGAGUGUUCAAUGGCACUGGUCGAAUUUUGUACAGCACUCGUUUGACGUUGACUUUAUCGUGUCCAAUGCGGCUCACCGAUUAUCCGCUUGAUGUGCAAAGCUGCAUGAUCGAUUUCGCGUCGUACGCCUAUACCACUGAUGAUAUUGAAUACACGUGGAAAGACGAGAAACCGAUUCAAAUCAAAAAGGGUCUCCGUUUGUCGCUUCCGUCAUUUCUUCUCUCAUCGGUUUCUGUGGGGAAUUGCACGUCGAUCACGAAUACGGGUGUCUACAGUUGUCUCCGAACGGUGAUGGAGUUGAAACGAGAAUUCUCGUAUUAUCUUCUUCAACUCUACAUCCCAUCAUUCAUGCUGGUCGCCGUUUCGUGGGUCUCUUUUGGCUUGACAAGGACUCUGUACCUGCUAGAG